AAAUUACAGAGAAAGUUCCAUCUUAAUGAAAUUCACAAGCCUGGCGAUGUGGUUCUGGGUGGGAUGUUUGAAGUUCACUUUUCCUCUGUCUUCCCUCAGCGGACAUUUAUCUCAGAGCCAGAACAGCCCAGCUGCGAAGGCUUUGACAUUCUAGGAUUCAGGCAUGCCAUGACUAUGGCCUUUGCUGUAGAUGAGAUCAACAAGAACUCCACUCUGCUACCUAAUGUGACUCUGGGAUACAGUCUUUAUGAUAACUGUGGGGCACUUGUUGUUGGAUUCAGUGGUUCAUUAUCACUGGCAAGUGGUCAAGAGGAGCAGUUUCUGCUUGAGGAAAACUGUUCAGGGAGCCCUCCAGUCCUCGGGAUUGUUGGGGAUUCUGCCUCAACAUAUACUAUUGCCAUCUCCAAUGUGCUAGGUUUAUACAGAAUGCCCAUUGUAAGUUAUUUCUCCACAUGUUCCUGUCUGAGUGAUCGGAAACGGUUUCCGUCUUUCUUUAGAACAAUCCCAAGUGAUGCUUUCCAGGUGCGUGCUAUGAUUCAGAUUCUAAAACACUUUGGCUGGUCUUGGGUCGGUCUACUGGUCAGUGAUGAUGACUAUGGACGUAAUGUUGCCCGAUCCUUCCAAUCUGACCUGGUUCAGUCUGCUGAAGGUUGUCUGGCCUACUCAGAGGUUUUGCCCUGGGACAGUGACCAAAGUGAACUUAGGAGGAUAGUGCAUUUGAUAAAGACAUCAACAGCUCGUGUAGUCAUGGUGUUUGCACAUGAGUUUCACAUGAUUCAUCUAAUGGAAGAGGUGGCUCAGCAAAAUGUGACAGGCCGACAGUGGAUAGCAAGUGAAGCCUGGACAGGCAGUACUGUGCUCCACACCCCCCUCCUCAUGCCGUUCCUGAGCGGCACACUAGGAAUUGCAAUUCGUCGUGGAGAAAUACCAGGGCUCAAAGACUUCCUCUUACAAAUACAUCCAGGCCAAUAUGACGAAAGCUAUGGAAAUAACAUGGUACGAGUGACACAGUAUUGGGAAUACACUUUUCAGUGUAAAUUCUAUCCAGAAGGUUGGGUUGAAGCUGGAGGAGCGUUAUGCACUGGACAGGAACAUAUUAAACAUGUGGAAACUGAGUUUUUGGAUCUAUCUAACCUCAGACCUGAAUACAACAUAUACAAGGCAGUGUAUGCCUUGGCGUACGCUCUCGAUGACAUGCUGCGCUGUGUGCCAGGGAGAGGGCCUUUCAGCGGACACAGCUGUGCUACUUUGCAAAGAUUGGAGCCUUGGCAGCUCGUACAUUAUUUGCAAAAAGUCAAUUUCACAACACCGUUUGGUGAUCAAGUGUCAUUUGAUGAAAAUGGUGAUGCCUUACCAAUAUAUGAUGUCAUGAACUGGCUGUGGCUCCCUGAUGGAAGAACUAAAGUUCAGAAUGUGGGUGCAGUUAAAGAGUCAUUCAAUGGAGAAGAACUCACAAUUGAGGAAGACAAAAUCCUCUGGAAUUUUGAAGCCAAACAGCCACCCCAGUCAGUGUGCAGCGAGAGCUGUCCUCCAGGUACCCCAUUUGGAAUCAGCUUUGUACUUUGUGUCUCAUGCAUCCUGGUAAAAACCAUGGUGGUUCUGGCUGUGUUCAAGGCCUCCCAGCCAGGAGGAGGAGCCAAUCUGAAAUGGUUUGGUGCUGUGCAGCAGAGAGGGACAGUUGUGGUUCUUACUUCUAUUCAGGCAGCAAUCUGCACUGCCUGGCUUGUCUCUUCUUCACCAGCGCCUUAUAAAAACACAAAAUACCACAAUGACAAGAUAGUUUAUGAAUGUAUAGUCGGGUCCACAGUUGGGUUUGCAGUGUUACUUGGCUAUAUUGGCUUACUGGCUAUUGUUAGCUUCCUGUUAGCAUUUCUGGCGAGGAAUCUUCCAGACAACUUCAAUGAGGCCAAGCUGAUCACUUUCAGCAUGCUGAUCUUCUGUGCUGUGUGGGUGGCCUUUGUCCCGGCCUAUGUCAACUCUCCAGGCAAAUAUGCAGAUGCAGUGGAGGUAUUUGCCAUCUUGGCCUCCAGUUUUGGCCUCUUGGUGGCACUGUUUGGACCCAAAUGUUACAUAAUAGUCUUCAGACCAGAGAGGAACACAAAAAAAGCAAUCAUGGGUCGAGGCACCACCAAGUCAUAA